CCCGCCAAUGCCCCUCCUCAAUUUUAGUGACAUCAACUUAUCGUCCUACUGAUUGACUCGAGGGCUAGAAUAGACGUUCAGCUGUUUAGGAUCGACUGUUUUUUUGUCCUUGGGUCAAUCAACCCCCCCCUAUUAGCCAUGGCUGAAGUUAAUCUUCAAGAAAUACACGACACUCUGCUGUCAAUCGCCUUUGAGGCCGGCCGGAUGAUCUUGGGCGCCAAUCCCAACGAUGUUUCUACUGGCACAAAGCUCAACUCCGUCGACAUUGUCACCGAGACCGACCAGGCCGUCGAGCGCAUGAUCUCGACGCGCCUGAAGACCACCUACCCGACGUUCGCCUUCGUCGGCGAGGAGACGUACGUGGCGGGCGAGACGAGGGUGACCGACGCCCCGACCUUCAUCGUCGACCCCAUCGACGGCACCACCAACUUCAUCCACGGCUUCCCCAACGCCUGCGUCAGCCUCGGCUUCGCCGUCGGCCGCGUCCCCUCCGUCGGCGUCGUCUACAACCCCUUCCAGGACCUGCUCUUCACCGGCAUCCGGGGCCACGGAAGCUUCGUGCAGCGCAACGCCUCGCUGGCCGAGGGGGCCGCCGGCCGCGGGCCAAAGCAGCGCCUUCCGCUGGCCGGGCGCGGGUCCGGGGCCGCGGCGCCGCCGCUGACGGGUCUGGGCGCGGCGCUCGUGGCGGUCGAGUGGGGGUCCAGCCGGGACGGGCCCAACUUCGAGGUCAAGGCGCGGACGUUUGAGCGCCUGGCGGCGAGCCGCGAGGCGGGCGGGAGCAUGGUGCACAGCCUGCGGUCGCUGGGCUCGGCGGCGCUGAACCUGUGCGCCUGCGCGGCCGGGCAGGUCGACGCCUACUGGGAGGGCGGGUGCUACGCCUGGGACGUCUGCGCCGGCUGGUGCAUCCUCGCCGAGGCGGGCGGGUUUGUUGCUAGCGGAAAUCCCGGCGAGUGGGAGCCCGCGAUCGACUCGCGUGUCUACCUCGCCGUCAGGGGCGCGCCGAGCGGGCAGAGGGAGCUCGUCGAGGAGUUCUGGGCGGUGAUUGGGGAUGGGAGGAUGGAUUACCAGCACUAGGCAUUUUGUUGCUGUUGAGCACACAUCGUGCGUGGACUUUUUUCCACCCCACUGUACCGGGGGGAAAUAUUGGGAUUUCGAACUAGACUUUCAAGUUAAGAUGGAAUGGGUACGCUCAUAUAUGGAUAGAUUUAAUAGAC